UCCAAUUCGCGAGAAUCCAUGGCGACUCGCUCCACCACCGACUCAGAAACCACCAACCAAACCGGUUUUGACUCGGACAAGGCUCGCCACGUACUCGCCAUCGUCUUCUCAAUCGGUCGUCUGAUUCGUCCUCUGGAGCUCGCUUCACGAUGCACAUCUUUCUCUGUUUCUUUCGAGCUCAUCCACUACCUUUGCUGCAUCCCCGACCCGCCUCUGUCCUUAACCGAAGAUCUCUACUCUGCAUCGUCUUCCGAUGCCUUGAAAGCUUUCGCCGACUCGACUGCGAAUUCAGAAGGCAGAAGGAAUGAAGAAUCCACAAAUUUGAUGGGCAAAAAAACAUGGAAAUAGGCGGCCCAACCCGGUCGACUGAAAGAUCAACAAUUUCAAGACAGGGCAGAGUCCAGUAUAGUGGUUGUGGGGUUUUACUGGGUUUUAGGAUUGGAAGUGCGAGAAACAAUGGCAGCUCCAAUUGCCGGAAGAUCGACGGUGGUGGUGCGUAUGCUGUUCAGAGCAACAACCACCAAUCCAACAGUGUCGACGAGUAGACUUUCAUCGUCGUCUCUCUCUUCGGUUUGCUCAGCUUUCAGGCCUCUUCAAUCUCAAGUCUCUUCUCCUCCUUCUUCCAGGUUGGUACGACGAGAAUUGGCUCCUCUUGGACUCAUCCACACCGCCAUUGCAUCGGCUUGCCUUGUCUCCAAGCUCCCUGCCGAUCCCACCAUUUGUAUAGAAGGUCUUUCUCUCUCUUUUUACACAUGUGUCCAACUUUUGCUUUUGAAUACAUAUUGCUGCGCAUUUUCCACUCCUUGUUCUGAUAUUUUAGUGAUUAUGAAAAAUUAUGACUAUAAUCCUUGUCUUUGUGACUGCACAAAUUCAAGUUGAAAUCUUUGCCAGGAACUUAAAUAUU